AUGCGCUCAGUUGACAUACUGGCCCAAGCCAUGCCGUCGGCUGCCGAGCUGAGGAACCUCCGGCGGGAGCAUGUGAAAACUUUACGGGCCUUGGCAAAGACAGCAGGGGUCUUUGUGGUCCCCGAUGGCGCAGCCCGCGCAAAAGUGCAGACGAUGGCCGAAGCCGUUGCUGCAUCGGGGGCGCCUGACAAGGUGAAGGCAGACUCUGCCAAAGCCUGGGCCGCCUACAAGUCGACAUGCGAGGACGUUGGCCCCGCUGAAGACGGGGCUUCCGCGCCCGAGGGCGCACCUAGCAACGGUGACUCUUUUAGGCUGCGCGGUCGCAGCUUCCUCCUGACGUACAACCACGGCUUCUUUGGCAAGAGGUUUCCUGACGGUUCCCCCGCAGCAACUACUCCGGCGGCCUUGUGGCGCGCAUGGAGGGAGUGGAAGGCGGACAAGAAACAGGAACUGCAUGUAGAGAAGAGCUCUUCGACCCUGGAGCGCUCCCUCCACAGCAAGCUGGACGGCAGGGUACACUUUCAUUGGAAGGUGAACUUAAAAGAUGCACUCGACAACAGAACCCGCGCCGUUUUCGGCUUUCGCGGAGUGCUGCCGGACGUGCAGGCGACGUCGGAAGCCAGCGACAGGGGCCACUUCUACGCCUGGGCCCCGAAAGCCGGCACCCUUUACUCUGGCACCAACUACCAGCCUUUUCAGGAGUACCGGGUGCAAGGGAAGUGGCUUGACGACCUCUGGCAUGACGGGAAGUUGCCGCACCAGGAGUACACGGCGCUGGCCUUGCGAGUCCGGCUCGGUUACUCUGCUAGGAAGCGCGAGGUCGAACAGGUGAUGGAGGACGAGCGGGAGAGUCGGGUGGACAAGCGGGUCGCGCAGGUGGGCGCGGAGCUCCAGAAGCUGAAGGCGCCGCCCCGCGAGUUCCCGGCCGUCCGGGAGUGGGGGGGCAGUUUCUUGCAGCUGGAUUUCAGAUGGAAAAUCCUCGUUCUGUGGGCGGACAGCGCGUCCGGGAAAUCCACGUUCGCGGAGGACUUGUUCGAGCAGCCUUACACAGUCACGGUAGAAGAGGCAGAGCACUUGGACCUGCGAGGGUUCGAUUGGGAGAAGCACGAUGGAAUCGUGCUCGACAACGUGAACAGUUUCGCCCAGCUCAGGAGGUGGCGCGCCGUGCUGCGAGGGCGGAAUGCGAAGAGCAAGGGCGGGCAGUCGGCGACGGGCAUGUACUCGUACACCCAGUACUUGUUCUCCACGGCCAUCGUCGCCACGGUCGACCUCGACGCGCCCGACGGCGCCCUGAUGGGCCCAGGGAACCCAGGAGAGACGCGCGCGCUCCGCGCGGCGAGCGUUUCGCUGGAGAGGUCAGGCUUCGCGGCCGGCACGCUGGACGACGCCCCGCACUUCAGCGAGGCCACGAAGGAGCCCUUGGAGAUCUCCCAGAGCCCGACGAGCCCCGUGAAGGACCCCUUCCAUGACCUCGGCACGUUCGGCGUCUCGGAGGAACCGCUGAUUUUGGGCUUGGGCAAGAGGCCGCCCCGCAUGCUGGCGCGGCGGCGGCUGGCGGCCGGGCAGCCGCGGGACUUGUGGAGGCCCGCGCGGCGCCCGGCGCUGGCGGCGUCGGAGGCGCGGGAGCGCCGCGCGGCCCUCGCCAGGCGCCUGCUGGCCGAGCGGCCGCCCCUGGGGCAGCGCAGCGCGCUGGAGACCAUGGCGGCGCGCCCCAACACGGAGUCGCAGUGCCGCAGGGUGCUGGAGGAGUUCGCGGCGCUCUGCUCGCGAAGCUUCAUGCCGGUGCAGUCCCUCUUCAUGCCCCAGCCUGGGGCGCCGAGGCCCCUGCCGACCGCGGCCGAGCUGGAGAGCCACGGGGUGCUGGUCGACACCUCCGAGGAGGGCGUCAUCGCGGCCAUGCUUCGCAUCUCCUCGCAGAAUUACAGCGGCAUCCCCGAGAGGAUCUCCACAGGCAUCCCGGAGAGGAUCGCCGAGGAAACAGAAUGUUCGCCACGUAGCGCCGUGAAUUUGGUUUGUUAG